UAUUUUCAAUGAAGCCAUUUUCAUUUCACUUCAUCUCAUCAUCAUCACCAUCACCAUCAUUUUCAAUGUCUUCAAAACAUCCUAUGUCUUAAAGAUAACUUGGAACAAACAAAAACUCUUCAACUUCUUCCAUUUUUGUUACCUCCAGUUUCACAUUCUUAUAGUACCAUUUUUUCUUCUCUUUCUUUCUAUUUUACACUUCCACGUUAUCUCUAUCUUCUCUUCUUCAUUAUCAUUAGAGAACCCCAUUGAAACUAGAUGCUACAUUGAUAGAUCCAAGCUUUUUAGCAACCCAUUACUCUUUCUAGCCUACAAAAAGGACCAUGGGUGGUGCUAGUAUUAGAGAAUCAUGGUGUUUUUGUAAAGGGGUGAGUAAGUCUGAGAGGAUGAAAGGUGCUAUUUUUUCAGGAAAAAACCAAGCUUUAGCUACAAUUAGUAACACCAAUGUUGUUAAUGGUGUUUCUGGAACUGGGUUUCUUAUUCAUAGGAACCUUCUUUUGACAACUCAUGCUAAUCUUCCUUCUGCUGUUGCCGCUGCUAGCUCUGAGAUCCGCUUGCAUAAUGGUGUUGCGGCUACUCUUGUUCCUCAGAGGUUUUUCAUUACAAGUUCUGUGUUAGAUCUUACAAUAGUGGGUUUAGAUGAUGCCGACGGAGAAUCAAACGCACAGGGUCAAAACUCUCACUACUUGAAGACCUAUUGUAAAACCAAUCUUGAUCUAGGAAGUGUAGUCUACCUUUUAGGCUAUACAAAGAAACAAGAGCUCGCUGUUGGGGAAGGAAAGGUCGUCAUAGCGACCGACAAUCUCAUAAAACUCUGUACCGAUGGAAUUAUAUGGAGUCCGGGUUCUGCAGGAUUUGAUGUCAAUGGCAAUCUAGCUUUUAUGAUAUGUGAUCCUAUGAAGUUAUCCACGUCGCCGAAUACAAAAUCGCCUUCAACUUCUACAUCGUCUUCCUCGUCGUGGAAGAAGGAUCUCCCAAUGCAAUUUGGCAUACCGAUUCCCGUCAUAUGUGAUUGGUUAAAUCAGCAUUGGGAAGGUAACCUUGAUGAGCUUAACAAGCCGAAAUUACCGCUCAUGCGGUUGAUGUCUAACGGUCCUAGGAGUGAACAUUCAUGCGCUUCCUUCACUUUGCGGCAAGUUUUCAAAUCGACGGAUGGUGAUAAUGAGGGCACCUCAUCUUCGUCAAACAACAAUGUCGUAAAAACAAGAGAUCAAGGACAAAGCUCGGCUGCUGUCGGCAACACUGCCGAAGAAGAAAACUUGAUUACUAACGCUAGUGCUGCACAUAUACAGGGGAUUCCAACUCCAGAAAUAUACGAAUCACCUAGAGUAACUUCCGUGCCACUCAGAAAGAAAGAAAAUGCACAAAUACAACUUUUAGACAUCAAUUUCCCCCCAAGAAUUGCCAAACCUGCAAUUUCAUCGCAACCGCUGAAGGAACUGCAUCCGAAGCCUGCUGAGCCUCUGCAUGAAAACCAGCCAAAAGGAGAACAAAACCAAGACAGAAUGCGAAUGCCAGUAACAACUCCCAUUGCAGAAGUUUCCUCAACAGGUUCUGUUAACGGAGCUCUAAGUGAGGUUCAAUCUAGUUCAUCACCCGUUGACGCUUCCCAAAUGCACGACGGAUAUACCAGCGAAGGAGAGACUAUGUACUCUGCAGAAACCGCGGAGAGCCGCAACUAUACGAGUCCCAGAGAGCUAAACUUUCAACAAGUGGGAAGGAGUCAGAGUUGUGUUAGUCACAAUAGAUGGGGUGCUGCAAAGAGGAGUCAAGUUGCUCGCGGGAUGCUAGUUGAAAAUCAAAGAAGCUUCAUGAACGUAAAGAAGAUGCAUUCGCAAGGAGCAACGUCUCAGAGAAGCAAUGAGUAUUUCAGCCCAACCGUGUCGUCGAUCAUGAAACGUAACGGCUCAGAGCAACCAACAAGAUCCAGGCAAACUGCUUUUCAUUCUCCUUCACCAAGAUGGAUGUUUUGAUUGAUACUUUUUAUAUUAUGAUAUUUAUUUUUCUAGUGCAUAGAGUUAUUAUAUAACUAAAAUGAAAAAGAAGAGUAUAGUGUCUUUAUAUGUUUCUUCCUUUUGUUUUUCUUAUUUACAUGCUUUAUAUUUUUUUUUUUAUGGAACAUAUGCAUAGACCUGUUGUGGUGAAUAAGAAAUUUAUGUCAAAAUGUAGAUUUCUUUCAAAUCAAUGUUCUCUGACAAGGUGUUAGUUUCAAGUUCUUGUUGAA